CCCGCACCACCUCUCAUUAUCUCCACGUAACACCACUCCAGCUUCGCAUUCGUUUUUGACUUGGAUAUAUUGCGGCCCACUCUCUGUGGCGAACCUCUCUUAUUAUAUGUACAUUCAAGGCCAGAUUCACCUAUAGCGACAACGACUUGAGGUUCACAGGUGUGCUGCAGUACAGUUGGACGAUCGCAUACCCCAUGGAGUACCAGAUCCGUCCAUGAAGCUUCAUAAUCAAUGGCGGAGGUGUUGCCCAAGAUUCAGGUGACUGACCCACAGUCCAAAGAUAAACAGACCCUGGAGAGGCAGGACACGGGAAAGCUGUUGUCAAAAGGAGAGGGACCGCUUGCUGGAGCGAAACUCGCGGUCAAGUUGGCCAGCCCUACUUCCAAUGGCCCGCAGAACAGUCACCAGCUCGCGCAGAAUGGGCAUGCCGAACCUGAGGAUGCCAUCGAUCCGCUUUCGCAACAAAUCCUCCAGCGAACGAGCACGUCCUCAGCGGUGCAGAAACUGCGCACCCAGACCGACAAUGCCUCGACUCUCUCCCCGACUUCCCCUAGCGAUGCAUACCCCGACACCAAGUUGGGGACUGAAACAUCUCGGGAAAUAAAUGGAGGAUCUAAUGCCAAACAAGAGAAAAAGAAAGGUGUUUCUUUUCUCAGUAGAAUUAUUGGGAAUAAAAGAAAAGGUACCCUUGAUGGGGCUACCGAAGAUGAUUCCGAAACGGGCGACUCGAGGCCUGAGGGAAUGAACGCAAAACUGUUCUCUCAUACUGUCGAUAAUCUGGGUUUCAGUCCCAAGCACCCGCAACCUCCAGCGUAUAUAAAAGUGAGAGCUAAGUUCAAGAAAGAGAAGGAAUUCAAUCGUGUGUUCUUGGCACAAGAACUUCGCUCCCGUGCAGACAAGAAAGCUCGGCCGGCUACAGGCUCGAACCCAGCCCCCCAGUCCGGUGCAGCAGCCACGCAUAAUCCAAUAUGGGCUACGGAAUUCAGCAAGGAUGGAAAGUAUCUGGCUGCUGGAGGGCAAGACAGGAUCGUCCGAGUAUGGGCUGUAAUAUCAACACCAGAGGAGCGAAGGGCGCACGAGAAAGAGGAGAGCGGGCCGAGCAUAGCUGACGAUCAGUCAACCCACCUAAGUGCACCUGUCUUUCAACAGAAGACUUUUCGAGAAUACUGUGGACAUACAUCAACCAUUUUAGAUCUGAGCUGGAGUAAAAACAGCUUCCUUCUCUCAUCAUCAAUGGAUAAGACAGUUCGCCUGUGGCACAUAAGUCGAAGCGAAUGUCUAUGCACAUUCAAGCAUACCGAUUUUGUCCCAUCUAUCCAAUUCCAUCCUCGAGAUGACCGAUUCUUUCUAGCUGGAUCCUUGGACACCAAAUUGAGGCUUUGGAGUAUCCCAGAUAAGAGCGUAGCGUUUUGGAAUCAAUUACCGGAUAUGAUCACUGCCGUGUCGUUCACGCCAGAUGGAAAGACGUGUAUUGCUGGAACCCUGAGUGGGCUCUGCAUGUUUUAUGAAACGGAAGGAUUGAAGUACCAAACACAGAUCCACGUCAAAUCGACUCGAGGGCAGAACGCCAAAGGCAGCAAGAUCACGGGCAUUCAGGCCACAUAUUGGCCACCCGGAAGCAAUAGCGGUGAGGUGAAACUGCUCAUCUCAAGCAACGACUCUCGGGUUAGGAUGUACAACUUUAGGGACAAAAGCCUGGAAGUCAAAUUUCGCGGCCACGAAAACAACUGUAGUCAAAUCCGCGCAUCCUUUGCCGAUGACACGGGAUACAUCAUCUGUGGCAGCGAAGACCGAAAGGCGUACAUCUGGUCUACAUGUGCUCCCGAGGGCGAGAAGCGGAAUCAGCGACCGUUGGAACUAUUCGAUGCACAUAAUUCAAUCACAACGUGCACUAUCCUUGCACCCCUAAAAACAAGACAACUUCUCAGCAACUCGGAAGAUCCAAUCUACGAUCUCUGCAAUCCUCCGCCCGUCACCCUGAUUUCCCGCGCCGAAUCCAUCAACUCCUCGAAGCCGCCUACCGAAGCAGGAGGCUCUGCACAGGCAACCCCCGCUGCCAUAGAAUCUACAUUUAGACGAGUCGCGGAGAGUCCAGCCUAUAUUGCACGCUCCGCACAUCCAGAUGGUAACAUCAUCGUUACAGCAGACCACACGGGUGCUAUCAAAGUCUUCCGCCAAGACUGCGCCUACAUGAAACGUAUCCGUGCGAGCGAUACCUGGGAUACAGCUUCCGUGUUCUCUAAGAAAGUUGGUCCUAAGACCGGACGCCCAAGUAGCAUUUUAUCAAGAACGACCAGGAGGACAAGAAGAGAUAGUACGAGCACACAACCUCCAAACGACCGAAUCAUGUCUUGGCGUCAGGAUAUCUCACAUGGGGGUUUCGACUCUGUAAAUGGUCCCGUAGCAAGAAGAAGUCGUGCCCGCAGCGUGUCGCCGCGAAAACCAGGGAGCAUGGGCAUGGGACCUCCAUCGAUACGGGCGACAGAGUCACCGGUGUUAGGGCCGAGAAAUACGACAGAUACAUUCCACUCGAAUACCGCGCCGAAGAUGAGUUUAUCUGUAGACCGUACCCUAGUAGAGACCUCAAACACGAGUACCCUACCGAGAAAUAACGGAGGAGUCUCGAAUUUCGAGCCCGUAGAACUGCAAUCCAAGCAAUCGACUUCAGACAAUCCGUUAAGUGUAUAUAACGGCCAGUCUUGGGCGUUCUGGAACAACAACACGUGGAAAGAACAAAUGGCGAAGGAAGGCCGGCUUGCUACUCCAGAGAGGCCGGAAUUCCUUGGCAGAGUUAGUACGAUUAGCAAACUUAGCGAUGAGCUUAUAGAGACGGAUAGUCAUAAUGAGGCGGAGGGCUCUGUGCAGUGUAAGAAAUGUGGGAGUGAGGAAUUCAAGAUACGGACGGUAAGAGGGAUUGCGGGAAGAGAGGAUAGGAGGCUUGUGUGUACAAAGUGUGGGACCCCUGCUUCGUGAGUUGAGGUGUGGCCUUGGGACUCUGGUUGUACGUUAUGAGGGUGGGUGUUUGGGAAAGACGAGCAUAUAAAGAGCAUUGGGCGGUGCACAUGGAAUCAUGGGAAUCGUAUUGUCCGUGUUGGCCGGCUUGUACCCAAGACGUUCGAUGGGUGUCUUCUAAUACUGAGAUAUGGGAUGGCAACGAUGUGUUGCUUAAGCCUGUUUGUACAAAUAUUGAUGCAACCGAC